AACAGCUGCCCAGUUGUCAAGUUUUUGCCUGCGCUGUUCGUGUCGCUUGCUCGCGUUCUUGUGCAGAUCGAAGUCAGACGGAAUCGGAAAUUUGGAAAUUUUAUCGCAUUGAAAAUGGCAGAUUCUGAGCUAGCCAAGGCCCUCAAGGACCUGCCGAAUCGGGUGCUAAAUGUUGGCGUCGAGGAGCGUCCGGAGUUGUUCCGGAACGUUAUUGCGGUGUUGCCCAACCCGGGCAUCAACGCCACGAUUGUGCGGGGCAUCUGCAAAGUGAUCGGCACCACCCUGACCAAGUACAAAGACCAGGCGUCGCAGGGCCUGGUUAAGGAUUUGUUGGUAGCUCUGCUCAAGGAGCACCCUGAUUUGGCCUAUGAGCACAUGAACAAUGUCCUGAAAGCACUGGUCACCAAGGACCUUGUUGCGGCACCGCCUCUCAAAGGUGCCCAAGCCGCGGUGUUAGCACUAGGCUGGGCCAAUCUGGUGGCUCUGAAUGCCAAUCAUGAAAGCGAGGUGGGCAAGAAGCAGUUUCCCGUAUUGGUGGAAAUCCAAGCCGGUCUCUACCAACUGUCGCUGACUUCGGGAGUCCAGAAGAUUUCCGAUAAGGCGUUCUUGUUCCUGAAGGAGUUUUUCGCCGAGAAGGAAGAUUACGAUAAAAAGUAUUUCGAUCGAUUGCUCAGCUCGGAACCGUCGAGUGCGGGGAUUUUGUUCCUUUGCGCAAUUCUGAAGAACCGCAUAGAAGAAUUCGAGAACUUGGAGCUGCUGGAACAGAACAAAGCUAAGCUGCUAGAUUAUGCGGUUAAAGGCUUGAUCACGGUUAAAACUAAACCACAUUCCAGUGAUGUUCAAGGCUGCUCGAUACUGUUCCGCACCAUAUCGAAGGAUGAAUUUAAAUCCGUAAUCCUUCCGGCACUGCAGCGUUCCAUGUUGAGAUCGCCGGAAGUCAUUCUGCGGGCGGUCGGUGCCAUCGUUAGUGAAGUUCAAGCCGAUUUGAGUGAUUUUGGUCUCGAUUUGGGAAAAGCUUUGGUGCAAAAUUUAGCCUCAAAGGAUGAAACGUUGCGCCAGGAAGCUGUGGAGUCUUUGAAGCAGGUAUCUCUCAAGUGCAAGGAGGUUAAGGCCAUUGAAGCUUUGCUGAAGGAAGUUUUUGCAGUCCUUAACGGAUCGGGGGGUAAAAUUACUGUUGUGGAACUGAGAAUUAAUGUUCUACAGGGUGCUGGAAAUCUCAGUUAUAACGAAAUUCCUGAAGAUAAGAUUCAAGACUUGAUACCUGUCGUAGCUGAUCAUUUCACAAAAACUUUAGAAAGCGAAUCACAGGAAAAAGUUCUUUGUCACGCUUUGGAAAUGUUUGGACUAUGGUCGGUCAAUUUCCGAGGAGAAAUUCCCGCAAAAAUCGUGCAAACCUUCAAGAAAGGAUUGGAAGCCAAGGCACAAGUUUUAAGGACCAGUUAUCUGCAGUGGUUCCUUGCUUGUCUGCACAAUGGAAAGCUGCCAAGUGGAAGUGAUUUCACGGCUGGUCUAUCAAAGAUUGUUGAAAAGGCGGCCCAAAAUCCAACUCAAACGCCUGCCGUGUCAGAAGGCGUGGGUGCAGCUUGUAUCAUUCUGUUGACCAACCCUAAAAUCACGGAUCAACUCAAGGACUUUUGGAACAUUGUUCUCGAUACUAACAAAAAAGUAUUUCUAGGAGAAAAGUUCCUCGCUGCGACUGUUCCGGAAACCCUUUGCUACAUCAUGCUUAUAUGCGAGAAAUUAUUGCUAAACAAUUUAGAUGAUAUAAAAGGACCGACUGAACCACUUUAUAAAACAGUAAUUCACUGUGUUAACUCACCUCACGCUAAAGUUCGUAAAUAUUGCAUACCAUUGUUGAAAACUAUUGUCAACAGUCCAAACGGAGUAACAUUAUCCAAAAAUCUUUUCGGAGAACUGACCAUCUUUGUUGAAACGACAAAAAUUCUCAACGAAGGAGAGCAUGAAGAAGGAUCGGUUCCAGCACAAGCUAUAGUAGAUACUAUCAACGCUUUAACUACCAUUGAAUGCAUCCAAUCGGCAGAUGCUCAAACGAUUGCACUCAGUGCACUGCUCAGUGCCCAUCAUCCGGCACCAGCUUCUAUAGAUUCUAAACUUUGGGAAUCGGUCCUCAAUCGGUACAGCUUGGAUGGAAAAUAUUUUAUCUCUAUGAAUACCAAUCACAUCAAGGAAACGUUCUUCAAUAGCUACAAAGCUAAGACGAUGUACGAAAAUACCUUGGCCACGUUGGCCCGCAUCAGUCCGGAAGUGAUUCUACCGGUUUUGGUAAAGAAUGUGACCGAUCAUUUAAACAAUGCUCGCAUGUGCAACGUAACGGAUGAGGAAUAUUUCACUUAUCUGACGCCUGAUGGAGAACUGUACGAUAAGAGUGUGAUUCCAAAUUCGGAUGAACUCACAAAUACUGCUCAUUUAAAACGAGAGAACAAAGCUUACAGCUACAAAGAACAAGUGGAGGAACUGCAGUUGCGUCGAGAAAUCGAAGAAAAACGACGAAAGGAAGGCAAGUCAAAACCCCCGCAACUAACGCCCAAGCAGAAGGAAGCAAUCGAAAAACAAACUGAGAAGGAACGUGCCAUAAAGACGAGACUACGGGAGCUGAACGACAUACUUACAACAUUGGUGUCCCAAAUCGAGGGUGCAGCUAAGGGUACUCCCCGGCAGCUGUCGCUCUUUUUCCCAACACUGUUACCGGCAAUCUUGAGAGUAUUUUCAUCGCCACUUGCAGCCCCCUCGAUGGUGCAACUGUAUUUGCGAUUGAAGGAUACAUGUUUCACCGGGGGCGAGCUGGCGGAAGUUGGAAGGGAUCUGGCCAUUGCAACCAUUCGGUUGAGCAAACCGCAUUGCGAUCUGGAAGAAAGUUGGUGUACUGCGAAUUUGUUCGAGCUGGUUGGUGACAUUCUCGUUACACUGUAUGAUGAGACUAUCGAUAAAUUUGUCGUGCAUAUUGAGGAAGAAGGAUCCAAAAACUAUCUCCUGACUGCACCAGCGUUCAGCUAUUGUUUUGAGAUGUUGAAGCGGGCCUUGGUUAUGCCGGAGAGUGCCAAAGAUGAGAGCAUGCUUAUCAACGGCAUACAAAUUAUUGCCUACCAUGCCCAGCUGAAAGGAGAUUCUGUUGAUGGCAUUGAUCUGGAGGAUUUGUAUCAUCCCAAAUACAUGCCCAGGUUGGAGAUGAUAAAAUUAUUGUUGAGGCUAGCGCAACAGCAUCGUGGUAGAAUCCAAACACAAGCCGUGGCAGCGUUACUAGAUGUCGCCGAAAGUAGUUCCGGCAAAGAUUUUACAGCCAAAGCUGAGCACCGAGAAAUCGAAUGUUUAUUAGUAGCUCUGCAAGAUGAGCUGGAAGCUGUCAGAGAUGUCGCUCUACGAGCUCUUGCGAUUAUGAUUAAAGCUCUUCCAUCGAUUACAGAUGAUUAUGAAUUGGGACUACGAUUGACCAGACGUUUGUGGGUAGCUAAACAUGACGUUUGUCAAGAUACAAAGGAGUUAGCAGAAGAAGUUUGGGUGCAAGGUAAUUUCGAGGUUCCGAUUGUAAUGGCUGAUGAACUUAUGAAGGAUAUCAUCCAUCCUGAACCUUGUAUCCAAAAGUCGGCAUCAUACGCGUUGGUAUCAAUCCUAGCGGAAGACUCAUCGAUAAUCGAUAGUAUCUUAGAACAGUUAUUGGAAAUUUAUCAAGACAAAUUGACAAUGAUUCCGGCUAAACUAGACCAAUUCGAUCGAGAAAUAGAACCAGCCGUCGAUCCUUGGGGUCCUCGAAGAGGAGUGGCCAUUGCCUUGAGCCAAGUAGCACCGUUCCUUACUGCCGAACUAGUCAACAGUUUGACUCAAUUUAUGGUGUCAACUGGAUUGCGAGACCGGGAAGAAAUUGUCCACAAAGAAAUGCUUGCAGCAUCCCUUGCCAUCGUCGAGCACCAUGGAAAAGAAAGUGUCUCCUACUUGCUACCAACUUUCGAAGAAUUCCUGGACAAGGCUCCUAACAACAGUGACUACGAUAAUAUCCGGCAGGCAGUGGUCAUCCUAAUGGGUUCUCUUGCUCGCCAUUUGGACAAAGAAGACGAACGUAUUCAACCGAUUGUAAAUCGACUGAUAUCGGCUCUAUCUACACCUUCACAACAAGUUCAAGAAUCAGUUGCCAACUGUUUGCCACAUUUGAUUCCGUCUGUCAAAGAACAAGCACCGCAGAUGAUUAAAAAGUUGAUGCAACAGCUAGUGAAAUCCGAAAAGUAUGGAGUUCGUCGUGGAGCUGCCUAUGGAAUCGCAGGAAUCGUCAAGGGACUUGGUAUCCUCUCUCUCAAACAACUUGACAUUAUGACGAAACUAACCAGUUGCAUCCAGGACAAGAAGAACUUCAAAAGCCGUGAGGGGGCACUAUUUGCAUUCGAAAUGCUUUGCUCUACUUUAGGACGUCUUUUUGAACCGUACAUUGUUCACGUUCUACCUCACCUGCUUCAAUGUUUCGGAGAUUCAUCGUCAUACGUUCGCGAAGCGGCUGACGAGUGUGCCAAAACUGUUAUGUCUAAACUAUCAGCCCAUGGAGUGAAACUGAUUUUACCAUCCCUCUUAAACGCGCUAGACGAAGACUCAUGGAGAACGAAAACCGCGUCAGUUGAACUCCUCGGUGCUAUGGCUUUCUGUGCCCCAAAACAACUAUCAUCCUGCCUACCCAGUAUCGUACCCAAACUCAUGGAAGUACUCGGAGAUUCUCACAUCAAAGUUCAAGAAGCAGGAGCUGACGCUCUGAAAGUUAUUGGCAGUGUUAUCAAGAAUCCGGAAAUUCAAGCUAUCGUCCCUAUUCUUCUCAAAGCCUUGGAAAAUCCUUCGGCCAAAACUUCGGCUUGUCUGCAAAGUUUGUUGGAAACUAAAUUCGUGCACUUCAUCGACGCCCCUUCUUUGGCUUUGAUCAUGCCAGUGGUGCAGCGUGCUUUUAUGGAUCGUUCAACCGAAACCCGUAAAAUGGCAGCUCAAAUUAUCGGAAAUAUGUACUCCUUAACGGACCAGAAAGACUUAGCUCCUUAUCUCCCCAACAUUAUCCCCGGACUGAAAACAUCUCUGCUGGAUCCUGUACCAGAAGUUCGUACCGUUUCGGCUCGAGCACUCGGCGCCAUGGUUAAGGGAAUGGGAGAAUCUUCCUUCGAGGAUCUGCUGCCGUGGUUAAUGCAAACACUCACAUCCGAAAGUAGCAGCGUCGAUCGUUCCGGAGCAGCUCAAGGUCUCUCGGAAGUGGUCGGUGGUUUGGGUGUGGAAAAGUUGCACAAGCUUAUGCCAGAAAUUAUUGCGACGGCCGAGAGGACGGACAUUGCUCCUCAUGUAAAGGAUGGUUACAUUAUGAUGUUCAUCUACAUGCCAAGUGCAUUCCCGAACGAUUUUACCCCGUACAUUGGACAGAUUAUCAACCCGAUCCUGAAAGCGUUAGCCGACGAAAAUGAAUACGUUCGUGAUACGGCUUUGAAGGCUGGUCAGAGAAUUGUUAAUUUAUACGCUGAAUCGGCCAUCGCUCUGCUGCUGCCGGAAUUGGAAAAGGGACUUUUCGACGACAAUUGGCGUAUCCGGUACAGCUCGGUUCAGCUUUUGGGAGAUUUGCUGUACAGAAUUUCUGGUGUUUCCGGCAAGAUGACAACGCAAACUGCCUCGGAGGAUGAUAACUUCGGUACCGAGCAAAGUCAUAAAGCUAUCAUUAGGAGUUUGGGUGUGGAACGAAGAAACCGAGUGUUAGCUGGAUUAUACAUGGGUCGUAGCGAUGUUUCGUUGAUGGUUCGUCAAGCUGCUCUGCACGUGUGGAAAGUUGUGGUCACAAACACACCGAGAACUCUUCGUGAAAUUCUACCCACACUUUUCAGUUUAUUGCUGGGUUGUUUGGCUAGUACCAGCUACGAUAAACGGCAAGUUGCUGCCAGAACUUUGGGAGAUCUUGUAAGGAAGCUUGGAGAACGUGUGCUACCUGAGAUUAUCCCCAUUUUGGAGCGUGGUCUCAACUCAGAUCAAGCUGAUCAACGCCAAGGUGUUUGUAUCGGGCUUUCGGAAAUUAUGGCAUCCACAUCGCGUGAUAUGGUUCUCACAUUUGUCAACAGUUUGGUCCCAACAGUAAGAAAAGCUUUGGCAGAUCCUUUGCCGGAAGUCCGUCAAGCAGCCGCCCGUACUUUCGAUUCUCUGCAUACUACAGUUGGCUCAAGAGCCCUAGAUGAUAUCCUGCCCUCCAUGUUGGAGAGUCUUUCCGAUCCAGAUCCUGAAGUUGCUGAAUGGACUCUUGAUGGUUUACGCCAAGUGAUGGCCAUCAAAUCCCGUGUCGUAUUGCCAUAUCUUGUUCCCCAACUUACGGCUAAUCCGGUUAACACUAAAGCAUUGUCAAUUCUGGCUUCCGUCGCAGGUGAAGCACUCACGAAAUACUUACCGAAAAUUUUACCUGCUCUACUAACAGCAUUAGCUUCGGCUCAAGGAACUCCUGAAGAACCCCAAGAGCUGGAAUACUGUCAAGCCGUUAUUUUAUCGGUGAGUGAUGAAGUAGGCGUUCGUACCAUCAUUGACACAGUAAUGGAAUCAACGAAAUCGGAGGUCCCGGAAACGAGGAAAGCUGCCGCUACUUUGCUCUGUGCAUUCUGUACCCACUCACCUGGAGAUUACUCUCAAUACGUUCCACAACUGCUCCGAGGUUUGCUGCGGCUUUUGGCAGAUUCGGAUCGCGAUAUUCUUCAACGAUCAUGGGACGCUCUCAAUGCUGUCACCAAAACAUUGGAUUCCGCUCAACAAAUCGCACACGUUACAGACGUCCGCCAAGCAGUCAAGUUUGCUAGUUCUGAUCUAAAGGGAGCCGAGCUUCCUGGAUUCUGUCUACCGAAAGGAAUCACACCUUUGCUGCCAGUGUUCCGUGAAGCUAUUCUCAAUGGUUUACCAGAAGAAAAAGAAAACGCUUCUCAAGGUUUGGGAGAGGUCAUCCAGCUCACAUCACCGAGUUCCUUGCAGCCAUCUGUUGUUCACAUUACUGGUCCCCUCAUUCGUAUUCUUGGUGACCGAUUUAACGCCGGCGUCAAGGCUGCUGUCUUGGAAACUCUGGCUAUUUUACUGCACAAAGUUGGCAUAAUGCUGAAACAGUUCUUGCCGCAACUACAAACAACAUUCCUUAAAGCUCUGCAUGACCCCAACAGGAUCGUUCGCAUCAAGGCCGGACAUGCUUUGGCAGAGCUAAUUGUGAUUCAUACAAGACCUGAUCCACUGUUCCUAGAAAUGCACAACGGUAUAAAGAAUGCGGAUGACUCGGCUGUACGAGAGACGAUGCUUCAAGCCCUCCGUGGCAUUAUUACACCGGCUGGUGACAAAAUAACCGAACCUUUGAAAAAGCAGAUCUACGCCACACUUGCUGGUAUGUUGGGUCACUCUGAAGACAUUACCCGGACAGCAGCCGGCGGAUGUUUCGGUGCUCUCUGCCGAUGGCUCACACCUGAACAGCUGGAUGACGCUAUGAGUUCUCAUCUGCUCAACGAUGACAAUGCCGAUGAUGGUGCCCUUCGACACGGUCGCACAGCAGCUUUGUUUGUUGCCCUUAAAGAACAUCCGGCCGCAAUCUACAUCGACAAAUAUGAAAGUAAAGUUUGCAAAACUAUCACCUCCUCGCUGGUAUCCGAGAGAAUUCCUGUCGCUUUGAAUGGUGUCCGAGCGGCUGGAUAUCUUCUCCAACAUGGAAUGUGCUCUAAUGAAGCCAAACUUCCUCAGCAAAUAAUCGGUCCCUUCGUGAAAUCUAUGAACCAUACCAGUAACGAAGUAAAACAACUUCUUGCCAAAACCUGCAUCCACUUGGCCAAAACAGUACCCGUAGAUAGCACUGCUUCCGAAUAUCUCCGACUGGUAAUCCCGAUGCUGGUCAAUGGCACCAAGGAGAAAAACGGCUACGUCAAAUCCAAUUCGGAAAUCGCCCUGGUGUACGUGCUGCGGUUACGUGAAGGCGAUGAAGUCCAUCAGAAGUGUAUCUCCCUCCUGGAACCUGGAGCUCGGGAAUCGCUUAACGAAGUGGUCAGCAAAGUUCUGCGGAAGGUUGCCCUCCAGCCCGUUGGCAAAGAAGAAGAGCUAGACGAUACGAUUCUCACGUGAUUGACGGCACCGAAUGGGCACGAUUUAGAGGAAUUCCUUUGUGAUUAUAAUGUACCGCAUCUGCUACUACUGCUACUAAGGCUAGUCGUCACACUGAUAUGGAUCCGAUCCGUUUCGGUUGUUGUGCCGUUAUUGUCAACUCCCAUCGGGCACUCCAGUAGUAAGUCAAAUAAAGAACGAUAUCUACGAUACGAAGAACAAGAACAAGAA